AUGGGGAACGCGAGCGGGAAGGAGGGCGGCGAGAUCGGAAACGGCGAUCCGUCUGUGAGAUCUGAAGGUGAUGCCCGGGGCAGCCGUGACAACAAAUGUCGUGUCAGUUCGGUGGAGUCGAUGGGGAACACGCCACCGGGAAGUCCUGGACGUUCGCGAUCUCCGCUUUUGUUUGCUCCACAGGUAAAGGUUGAUAUGAUGCUUUGAUGGGGGUAAUGCCCGCUGCGCAAUUUUCUCGGAGCCGUGUUGUCACCUGUUUGCCGUUAUUCCUGGAUUAUAUUUUCUCUGGUUAUGGAAUCCGAUCAGUUUAUUGAAUAGGUGUUAUGCUAAUCAUUAACCACGUUUCCUAUCUGUGUCAAAAUUUGAUCGAGUCUUAGUUUCUUGAUAUUUUGUAUUUAUUACGGCGUCGCGCACGGGAUCGUAACCGCAUUAUUUAUUAGUCUCCUUUCGCUGCGUGCGUUCUUGUUCCUCUGAUUAGUGAACUAAAUCCCUUUCAUUUUCGGAGCUGGGAUUAUGAUAGUUCUUUUUGGGCGUCGUGAAAUUGUAUGUUUUUUGAAACAAUAUGAUUUAACACUAUGAUGAUGUAGGAUGAUAGAAGUUUUGGUACCUCGAAAAGCAUGGGUUAUGCGAUCGACCAUAUUAUAAAAUGAUAUUCUAUAAAAAAUAAAAAAUAAAAAUCCUGCGCUGUACCCUGCAUAUUCUUAUUAGUAAACAGCAAACAACUUGGAGAGAUGUGGAUAGGUUUGUGAGCAGGCUCUUGAAAGGAAGAGAUCUGUGGGGGCAUAGUUGUGUUGCUCGUGAAAUUCAAAUUUACAACAUGUUCAGUGUUAUUCCUAGGUUCAACAAGAAAACAACCCCUUCUCGUUCUCUAAGGUGAAAGCCUUCACACCCGAGUUGGAUGCUUCUGGCCGAGCAUUGUUUCAAACGUGGAGGAGUCAAAACCAAAGAGAACCAGCUAUGAAAGCAAAGAAAAAUAGUGAAAAAAAGAUACCGACAGCCCGGAAUUAUGGGAUGCGCUUCUGAAUAUAUUAUUUGCUUCUCUACUUUCAAUAACCUUAUCAUCAGUUUUUCCACAUCUUUCUUGUAAAAGUUUCCAUUAAGGUGGAUGCAUCUGAUUACCAUUUUUAAGUACGAAAGCCUAUAUGAUUUCUAAGUUCAAUGAGCGGCUAUCUUUCUUUCAGAUUUUCCGCCUAGAUUUUUCUUUCCCUUUUGUACGUUGGGUAAAUAUAUUAAUUGGCUAAUAACCCUAUGAUUUGAAAUACUCAACCUUUGAAAGUGCAGUCCUAUUCGAAGGCUCUUGCCAUUUUUAGGGCCAAUGACACAUAAAAGUCACAUCUACUUUACUUCAUGGCAUUUAUGGAUAUAGUUCUGCUUGAGCUCUGGCAAUGUCUUCUAACUAACAUUGCUCGCUGCAUCUUGAUGCUUGUUUAAAGCCAAGGUGGAUGUACGUUUCUCAUUGAGCCGAUGGUUGCCUCAGUUCUGGGCAUGGGCAUGUAGAUUCGUUAUACUGUCACGCCAUUACAAAUUCAGUUUUGUUUCUUAGGUGGUCAUAACUGCUCGUUCUAUUUCUCAUAUUCUUUCCUGUGAGGCUUCAAGGCCCAAUGUCCACGUAUUUUCGGGUUAUAUAAGGUCCCUUGACUCGCCCCAAUUAUACUUGGUCAUAAUUUUUCAACUGCAUUCUUUGUUUCAAAGUCAAAUACUCUUCAUCUAUGAUCAAUUGUUGGAUCUUGCAUCGUGUGAUUCUCCUAAAAGCCUUUAAUCCCUUGUCAAUAUAGUAUGAGACGGUCUGUCAUUUCAUGAUGCCCCUCAUAGUCUUCUUUAUCCAUUCACCAAUCCAUACCCGACUGGGUGUUUAUAAGGUAAAUCUGUGCCUACAGUGCAGUAUAAUUAUAGAAUGUAUUUUGAUCUGGUAAAGAGGAAAAACGAGGAAGCAAAAACCCACCCCAAGUUAUUGCUCAGAAGUCAACCUCCUGUACCUGUUGCCAACCAAGUCAACCUUGCCACUAUCAGCCAUCCCUUUAGGAUGCUGUGGUUGUUGAUGGGCAGCCACGUCCUCUGCUAUCGACAGAUUGGCAACCCAUCAGAGCUUCUGCUCGUUCUGGUUCACCAACAACCAGAAACAUGGUUGUAUUCUGGUUCUGGGGAGGGUACAUCGUAUCAUUUUUAUACAAAUUCUUGCAUCAUUUUUGUCUUCUUCUCCUUGAUGACACUACUACCCGGGACUCUACCUGAACCUUUAUUCAAGUUCAGCUACAUGAACCUUAAUAACAUGCAAUGUUGACCAUGUGCUUUUUUAUGUAAUGUCCAUAACAUAAUAAAAAUGCUCAGAUUUGAGGUCAAAUUUUGCCAAGGUCAGAUCCUUUCUUUUUUGAGCCUGAUUCUGUGCAGUACCACCUUCCUAUUGCUUCUUCACGUUCUGGAUUGCUGCAUCAUGAACUUGGAAACACAGUCCUACAACGCGUAGAUUUCGAUCCUUUAAUCCUUCAAUUUUACCAGUUCACUCCCAUACAGUGGAUAGGGCUUAUGAUUAUCAUGAUGAUCUCGCUAAAUUAUAUUUUAACUUAUGAAAUUGUCCUUGAACCACCACCUUGAGCUGCGAGAGUAUCUCCGAAAAAUCUGAUGGAUGAGGUAACCUUUUUACACGAGCAAUUUAGUCAUAUGCAAUUUAUUUCCAAAGAUAGGUAUCAAUAGAUGGAAAGCGAGUUCACGUAACCAUGAGGAUCUCUGUGAAAGAAGAGUUAUCGUUCGUCGAAAGGUUCUCUCCUUUCCAAUUCAGUUGUUGGGUAAUGGCGUCCUGCUCGAUUCUAUGGAAAUUAUGCGAGUUCAUCGGAGAUUUAAUUUCUUAUCCAUGUUUCUAGAUUGCGUUACCUCAGCUUUUCUGCCAUGCUUGCUUGUCAUUUAUUUUUUGUUUCAUUUAAAACCCAUAGUAAUCCCAUAGUAAAUCUGAAGAUUUAUCAUCUGCAGUUUAUAUAUAUGUAUAUAUAUAUAUAUAAUGAAUGAUCUCUGCCAUUUGAUGAUUUGCUGCGAAAAUACUUCUCUUCCAUGACAAGAAUAUUCCACAGGUUCCUGUAGCUCCACUGCAGCGGGCGGUCAACAUCCCCGUUUUCAGUCAAUCAAUGAUGGACGACUCUCAGGGACCCUUGGAUCUGCCCUCCGAGAAGGGGAUCCCCACCAUGAUUACGUGGAGCUACGGCGGCGACCAAGUUGCUGUCGAGGGCUCGUGGGACAAUUGGACCUCCAGGUACGCCCCCCCCCCCGCGCCUAGAGUCAACCUACGAAAGCGGAAAGAAAACGUGUAAAACAUGGGGUUUUAUUUUCCAUCUUCGUCUCAUCUGGCAGGCGGCCCCUCCAGAAGUGUGGGAAGGACCAUGCCAUCAUCCUGGUUCUCCCCUCCGGGAUCUACCAGUACAAGUUCAUCGUCGACGGAGAGUGGAGAUACGUUCCUGAUUUCCCUUGCAUAGCCGACGAGAUGGGCGUCAUUAUGAAUAUUCUUGACGUCCAUGUAAGUCUUCAUCCCCCCCCAUCUUUAAGAAACAUAUUUAUUUGCUUAUUUAGAUGGAAAUAUACACACACACACACACACACACACAUAUAUAUACAUAUAUAGAUUGAUUGAUUCAUGUAUACGGAAUUAAUUAUUUUUACCUGUAUGGAUAUAUAUAUAUCGAAAUCCCCACAGUUUUCUCGAUUUCCCUGUAAUCUUAUGAUAGAUAUGAUAAUCCAAUGACGCAGGACUAUGUGCCGGAGAACCUGGAUACGGUGGCGGAGUUCGAGGCGCCGCCGUCACCGGAGUCGAGCUACGGCCAGCCGUACCCGGUGGACGAGGACUUCGCCAAGGAUCCGGCCCUUGUCCCCGCGCAGCUCCACCUCACCGUUCUAGGCGCCGCCCACGGCGAUGCAUCGGCGGCGCCGCCAGCAGCGGGGGCGGCGGCGGAGAAGCCCCAGCACGUGGUGCUCAACCACCUCUUCAUCGAGAAGGGCUGGACCUCACAGUCCCUCGUUGCCCUCGGCCUCACCCACCGCUUCAGGUCCAAGUACGUCACCGUCGUCCUCUACAAACCCCUCAGAAGGUAA